CGGGCGCGGCCCCGCGGCGGCCGUUGCUGGGUCCCGGCCCGGCUGACUCCGCCUCUGGGCGGCCGGGCCUCCGCGAGUACGGGGUCGGCUUCGGAGUCUGCGGGGCCAGCCCGGGGUGCCCGGUUCCUGCCCCUCUCCCCGAGCGGCGCCCCAGCCGGGGUCGAGCCUCGCCCGCGACAGGCCCUGCCUGCGGACCGCCCUGGGGACGGCGUCUGGGAGCCCCGAGGGGCUGGCGGGACCCGGGGCCCGGGCCAUGCGGCAGCCGCCCCUGCCCCUCCGCGACCACCCCCGGCCCAAGCGGGAGCCGCAGCGCAGUUUCUGCUCCUCGCUGCGCCGGCGACCCCGGACCCGGCACCCCUGACCCCUCGCCCCGCCUGCGGCCCCGCGCCGAGGCCUCCCCUGGGAGGGCCCGUCCAUGCCGUCCAAGGCGGAGAGCCUGCGGCCUUCGGAGCCGGCCCCGCAGCCGCCCGAAGGGAGGACGCUCCAAGGACAGCUUCCCGGCGCUCCGCUGGCCCCGCGCGCAGGGUCCCCACCCGAUGCUCCGGGCUCCGAGAGCCCGGCGCUUGCCUGCAGCACCCCGGCCACGCCCAGCGGCGAGGACCCGCCAGCCCGGGCAGCACCCGUCACCCCGCGGCCCCCCGCCAGGCCUCGGCUGGAGCGAGCCCUGUCCCUGGACGACAAGGGCUGGAGGAGGAGGCGUUUUCGAGGCAGCCAGGAAGACCUGGAAGCCCGGAAUGGGACCAGUCCCUCCAGGGGCUCAGUGCAGAGCGAGGGUCCCGGGGCCCCCGCCCACAGCUGCUCCCCGCCCUGCCUGAGCACCUCCUUGCAGGAAAUCCCCAAGUCCCGCGGGGUCCUGGGCAGUGAGAGAGGGAGCCCGUCCUCGGGGGGUAACCCUCUCUCUGGGGUGGCCAGCAGCUCCCCGAACCUGCUGCACAGAAACGCCGCCGUGGCAGGGAGCUCUCCCAGGCUGCCCAGCCUGCUGCCCCCCCGCCCGCCGCCUGCCCUGAGCCUGGACAUCGCCUCCGACUCCCUGAGGACAGCAAACAAGGUCGACUCGGAUCUUGCAGACUACAAGCUCCGCGCGCAGCCGCUCCUGGUGCGGGCCCACAGCAGCCUGGGCCCCGGCCGGCCCCGGAGCCCCCUGGCCUGCGACGACUGUUCCCUUCGAUCGGCCAAAUCCUCCUUCAGCCUCCUGGCGCCCAUCCGCAGCAAGGACGUCCGCAGCAGGAGUUACCUGGAGGGCAGCCUCCUGGCCAGCGGGGCCCUGCUGGGGGCAGACGAGCUGGCCCGCUACUUCCCAGACCGGUACGUGGCGCUCUUCGUGGCCACCUGGAACAUGCAGGGCCAGAAGGAGCUCCCGCCCAGCCUGGACGAGUUCCUGCUCCCAGCCGAGGCCGACUAUGCCCAGGACCUGUACGUCAUCGGCGUCCAGGAGGGCUGCUCUGACAGGUCCCAACUCUGGCCCACAACGGCCUCUGGCAAAUGCGUCUCCAUGCAGGACUCCGAGGCCAGGUCGUGGGGUUUCCCUGGUAGCUCCUCGAGGGGCUCUGGGUGGCAGGUCUGGGAGUGGUGGAGCUGGGAGGCCAUGUCCCCCAGCCGGCCGCGCUUCCUUCUCUGCAGGCGGGAGUGGGAGACGCGUCUGCAGGAGACGCUGGGCCCGCACUACGUGCUGCUGUCCUCGGCGGCCCACGGCGUGCUCUACAUGUCGCUCUUUAUCCGCCGGGACCUCAUCUGGUUCUGCUCAGAGGUGGAGUGCUCCACGGUGACCACACGCAUCGUGUCUCAGAUCAAGACCAAGGGGGCCUUGGGCGUCAGCUUCACCUUUUUUGGCACCUCCUUCCUCUUCAUCACGUCCCACUUCACCUCGGGCGACGGGAAGGUGGCGGAGCGGCUGCUGGACUACACCAGGACCGUGCAAGCCCUGGCCCUGCCCAGAAACGUGCCCGACACCAACCCCUAUCGCUCCAGCGCAGCGGACGUCACCACCCGCUUCGAUGAGGUGUUCUGGUUUGGAGACUUCAACUUCCGCCUGAGCGGCGGGCGCACGGCCGUGGACACCCUCCUGUGCCAGGGCCUGGUGGUGGACGUGCCGGCGCUGCUGCAGCAUGACCAGCUCAUCCGGGAGAUGCGGAAAGGGUCCAUCUUCAAGGGCUUCCAGGAGCCGGACAUUCACUUCCUCCCGUCAUACAAGUUUGACAUCGGGAAGGACACGUACGACAGCACCUCCAAGCAGAGGACACCCUCAUACACGGACCGCGUCUUGUACAGAAGCCGCCACAAGGGUGACAUCUGUCCCGUGAGCUACUCCUCCUGCCCCGGGAUCAAGACCUCCGACCACCGCCCUGUGUACGGCCUCUUCCGGGUGAAAGUGAGGCCGGGGCGAGACAACAUUCCAUUGGCAGCUGGCAAAUUUGAUAGAGAGCUAUACUUACUAGGAAUUAAAAGACGGAUUUCGAAGGAGAUUCAGAGGCAGCAAGCACUACAGAGUCAGAACUCCAGCACCAUCUGUUCCGUUUCUUGAAGUUUGCUGAGCGAGGACCCACAGCCGCAACAUGGGGUGAUUGUAUUUGAUCAAAACCCAGCGGGAAGGACGAAGAGUUUGCCGCCUUUUGCGGAUCUGAGGGACUGUGGCGCCCGUGCCACUGUGCCAGCGUCCCAAGAAGGAAACCAUCCCUAAGUGAGCCUGUCCUUCUCCAUGGCAGGUCCACACGGCAUGGGUGGGCAGGGCGUGGACCCGCCGCAGUACCACAGACCCCAGCCACUCUCGGGGGCAGACGUCAGAAUCCGGUCCUGAGCAGCUCCCGUGCCCUGGGGGCAGUCACAGAGCCCCCCCACCCCCACCCCAUCCCCGCGUGCUCUGCGCCAGCCUCUCCUUCCACACCCAGAGCAGGCGUCCAUCUGUGUCCUCCUGGCAGCCCCUCAAACACACACCACCCCAUGUCACACAGGUGUCCAGAGCCAGGCUGGACCUGGGCUAGGUGACCCCUGGGGCCUCAGACCUCUCAGUGGGCCCCAGAGCCCAGCUGAGGAAGCCACAUGGCCUCCAGGACGUGGCGCGGUUCCCCUCCGCGAGGCUGCAGGUCGCCUGCCGUGGCGCAGAGGCCCGCACCCCAGCAUAAGGGCCUCCCCGGCUGAGUGAGAAGCCACCUCCCCUCUCCUCUCAUCAGCCAAGCCUGUUGGCAUGAAACCAUCUCAUGGUUUCAGUGACGUAGACCGUUUGCUUCUGUAACUCCAGCCACAGAAUGACAGUGGAGCCUGGCUGGGGAACUGCUGGAAGCUUAGGAUGCCACCACCUUGAACACCUAGGCCAGGGAUCCCCACCAUGUCCCGGGUUUCUUUCUUCGAGAGUUUAGAACCGUUCAUUCUUGCUUUGUGUCCCAUUCCAUCUCUUGAAAAAAUGUAGUCUUUGAAUGUGUGAAAAUCUAGGGACAUUCAAUCUAGUCUUUUAAAUUAUUUAUUUUUCCAUAUUUAUAUUUUUAAAUAAAUGCAUAUAUUGAGUCUUAAA